UGUAUUUAAAUCCAGGAAGUUCAGUUCAUUUGAGCGUAACUUUGAAGUAGGUCGAAUCCGACGUGGAAGCAGGUGAUUCUUUCGACCUUUAUUCCUUUGUGUGUGUGCGUGUGUGUUUAUCAAAAACUUUUUCAUUCAGGAUUUACCCGAGCUGACAUGGCGAACGGACAUGUAGAAAUCUACGACCCGUUGUCCAACAAGGACGGACAAAAGAGCAGCGUAGAUGGAAGUGAUGACGACGACGGCGCUGAUGGGAUGGAGGGCACGCUGGAGUUCAAACUCCUCAUGGUCUACACCAAGAGGAGGCGUGACGAGCAUGAUGGAGGUCAGACUCCUGAACCCAAGGGCCCUCCAGUGGAGAACCUGAGUAACUUUGACAACAACGUCACCGACAAGAAGAAAGGAAAAAAGAAGAAGAAAAAGAAGGGAUUUAAAAAAUUCUUCAAAUUCAGCUGCAUCAAACCAAAAACGUCUGAUGACGACGUAGGACAAGAGGCUUGUGCCCCAGAACCUGAAUCAGACAACAGGAUGUUAAUUCCCCACAUAGAUGAAAAAGAGGAGCUGGAAGACGCCGCCGGUGAGCUGGCUAAGAUCGCUGAUGAAGUCCCCUUCGUUCCAUCAGAACUGCAGACGGACUGUCCAGAUGACGUGGAGAAGCUGAUCGCUCUGGUGCUGCGGGAGGCUGGAGACGGACUCAACGAGCGGGAGCUGAAGAACAUGUCUUUAUUCAAAGAGAUCAUCUGGAACUACAGCUUCUAUAAGAAGGUAAUGAACGGGCUCCUCAGCGCCAUGGGCCUCAGUUCUGCUGACCCUGAUUCUCCAGGUCCACACGCGUCACCCAAAACCCAGAUCGCAGUCACCUGUGAGGCCACGAGCCGUUUGUCAUCUCUGGACACUCUGCCCAUGAACCGACUGCUGGGCUUUGGAGCCAGGUUUCUUAAGGAGUACUACUCGUCCUGGGUACAAGAACAGGGCGGAUAUGAGGUGGCCUUUGAGAGCGAGGCAGAGGAUGAAGUGGAGUGACGAGUGAAGCUCUUUGCUGCUUCCUGUUGUCACUGCAUACAGAUCUAAGAACUGCUCACACGUCGACCUCUGGUGUGAAAGGAUCAUCGGUCAGGAGUCGGUCUCCAACACCGCCACCUCUUCCCAAGCCCCCGCAGGCUCUGAACGGAAUAACACAAAAAAUGAAAUGAGACGUGUUCAGAGGCUAAAGGAUGGAUUUUGCGGCGGAAUAUUGGCUUUCUGUGACAUUUCAUGUACACUCUAAGGCAUGUCAAACAUACGGGGCGCGGGUCAAAACCAGACCGCUUAAUGAAUUUUGCAAAUAAAAAAAAUACAUAUCCUGAAUACUUCAUGUUCAGGAUGUGGCCCCUGAACCAAAAUGAGUUUGACAGCCCUGCCCAGUCUGUGGGAGCCAACAGUGUCUUUGUACUGUACAGUGUGCUUUAGUUUUGUUGUGUUAGUAGUAUAUAUAAUAAAUUCUGCUGGGGUAUCAGGUUAGUCAACACUUAUGAUGUCAAAAUAUCAUUAGAAAAUUGAAUCUAAUGAGUUGAAUAUUGAUGAGCACUUAUGCACUUUUACACUACGGAUACAUCUACACAAAAAUCUUUAUGCUUGUGCUGAGGGACGCUGUGUUUGCUUUAUUUAAUUGUUCUGGUGAUGGGUACCUUAUUUUAACUGGAAACAUAUUGAUUAUCAAUAAAUAAUAUUAAUUUUAUUUUAUUUUAUUUUUUACUUUUUCUCUCUCAAUUUGUUUGGAAGAAAAAGUUCUAUUAUUUGAGGCUCGGGAAACAGCACCCCCCUGUGGCUGAAGUCGUAACAAUAAAUGCUGGAGCUGUGA